AUGCUCCUGCUGGUCGCUGGUGUGAUCACCAUGAUGUGUCUCCCCCUGUCCGUUCUUGGCGCUUCCGGUUAUAGAGAUGCUCUUAUAUACAAAGUGGAAAUCGUCCUUCCGCCCAAGGAGGGAAGGGACGAGACUGCGGACAUACAGCAGAUUAAGGAGACGGUGAAGCAUCUAAAUGACAUUGAUGUUCUCUUUUCAUUUAAGGAACUCGGGAAUCCAAGGAUUAUUCUUAUUCUUGACGUUGAGAAAGCAUGCAGUUGGCCUCAACUGACAGGCUUUCUGUCAAGCCAGGGAUUUGAGUUCAGCGUCACAUCCCUCUACCACUGCAGUGACUUCGCCAAGGAGCUUGGUCUCAACCUGCCCAACGACAUGUGGGUAUCAUCGUACGGGAAUGAUGACCUUCUCAUGGAAAAGCAGAUAUUUCCUGUGAAAGACUUGUCAACACUUGAGUACAUAGAAAAGCUGAAGUGGACAUUCGAGAAAGAUUUAGCCAUUAUUAAAAACGGUCAGCCAGCGGAAUGUUUCAAAACUCUCGCAGAGUUUCCGGUUGAGCUGGUGUACUUCGGCCCAGCUAGUCAAAGUAAGAUGGAAGCAGAAGAAGACCUAUUGCACGGACCUAAUACCUUUCACAAUGAAGUCUCACGCAUAGAAAAACUUGAUGAUUACACAGGAGUGUGCCAAGGAGACUAAACGGAUGUGACAACUGUAUAACUGAACAGAUAUUUAUACAAUAUUUAGAACACAGAAAUCCUGAUGA